GUACGAUUUACCAAUGUGGAAGAUCUCUUCAAUUUGAUUAAUCACACUACUAGGGAUUUCCUCAUCGUCACUCACGUCUCUCCUCGUCAUUUUACCAGAAUCGAGCGGGAGCGAGAGAAGCGACACCGCAAGUUCCGUUUUCGCCGCUACGAGAGCGACACCCAGAUCCUCUUUAUCACGAUCCCGACUGGCGUUCUCGAAGCGCUCCACCUCGAAUUAAAUAGUAUUUAUUUGGAAGAGCUCUUAAGAAUGGGUCUAAGCCACUCUUGGUCUUUAAUGGGCGCUACAACGUUUCGACAAGACCAUCCUAGAGAAAACAGCGGAGAAGGCGAUUCGACCGGUGGUCCAAGACCAGAGCGUACCAAAGGUAGGUGGCCAACGCUCGUCAUUGAGGCUGGCCACUCGGAAACAUUACAGGAGCUUUAUAACGACAUGCGGUGGUGGUUUCGGGCAUCAAAUCACGAUGUCAAGAUAGUUAUUCUUGCGAAAUUCGACCACCAACAACGCCAUAUUUUGCUCGAGAAGUGGGAG